ACAUACGUAAUAUCUUUCUUUAAGAGCGGAAACCAGCAACGCAACAGACUCAGCGUUUCGAAUGGAAAGUACAAAAGAAAAAACCCAGCCAAAAGCAACCGUUGUUUUUAGCCGUUGGCUGUCACCGCUCAGUCAGAUAUUCUCUUACUUAAAGUGAAGACCGAUAGUUAGGGCCAGUCAUCGAGUCGCUCCCUCAGAUACGAAGAUGUUGCUGAAGUAUUUUAACGUCGUGCUGGCAAUCUGGCCCGUCUGUAUUGCGGUUAUAUCUGCCACACCCUGUACCAUUACACUACCUCGAGAUGUCAAAGGAUUCUCCCCGGUUAUACUUACGAAGUCUUCUGCUCAAUCUUCAUAUGCCUUAUUUCGACCCACCGGAAGGGUCAGCACAUUACCGGAAAAUUCUAAACUGCGUUUGGUCUGCACUGGCUCUAAAAACACAAUAACAUCGCUUGGGACCAACACUCUGGAUCUUAGUUGUAGUCAAAACGGACAAUUUGUUGACUCAAAUAACAACCCGUUGCAGUUGAAUAGUUUGGUCUGCAGUACUAUACCCGAAUCUGCGCUGCAAAAGACCACAGCCAGAUGUUCGAACAAUAGAGGUUUUAUUCAUGAGGCCGGUAUUGAAAUUCCGGGUGAUAAAUUUUAUCGUAUAUUUGAAAUAUGUUAUGAUAAGAAUACGGAAACUACGCUGUAUACGCAUAAUACAUUGCAUGGUGCUGUAAUCAAAUAUAACAUUGCCGAAAGCACCCGUCGCCCGUUCCUGGCCAAACACAUGUCAUCGAAUACCCGAAAAGUUAAUGAAUUCUACACAAAGAAGAAUCAAUUGGCACGCUUCGAAGCUCUUUUCGGCCAGGGUCAAACCUAUUAUGACGAGAAGAAAAAUUUCUUAUCCCGUGGCCAUCUAACACCCGAUGCCGACUUCAUGUUUGGUUAUGAACAACUUUCGACCUAUUACUAUAUGAACGUUGCACCCCAGUUCCAACCCAUCAAUGGAGGAAAUUGGCUAAAAGUUGAAGAUAUGGCCCGCUCAUUGGCUGGCGAUUAUGGUGAGGACAUCGAAUCGUACAAUGGCUAUUUUGGCACUGUCCAAUUACCGAAUGCCAGCGGGAUGCCAGUCACUCUCUAUUUGGAUAAUCGACAACAGUUUUACAUUCCAAAAUAUUAUUUUAAAGUUUUGACCCGAAAAUCAGCCGAUGAGUCAAUUGUUUUUGUCAAUGUCAACAAUCCUUUUAUUGCGAACGGCAAGGCCGAAGAGGUUUGUCCCAAUAUCUGCAGUAAGGCCAAUUUGUAUCAACGGGAUUUUACAAAUUUAGCCAAGGGUUACACAUUCUGUUGCAGUUUGCAAGACUUCAAGCGUGUAUACAAUGGCCUGCCCAAUGAGGUGCAGGGUAAACGUCUUCUAAUGGCAAAGAAAAAGUAAAUCAACCAUAAACUGAAUUAUACAAAAUGAAUUUUUGUAGAAUAAUUUAGUUGAUUUUGUAAUUUGUUUGUUGUUUCCGCAAAUUUGUAACAGAUAAAAAUUUAAUAAAAAUCAUUUUGUUUUACUUUUUAUGGAGAGUUAUCCCUAAAGAGAAACAAGCAUUUCUAAAGAGAAUUCCAGAA